AUGCAGCGCCCGACAUACGCGCCCGCGCACUCGCCGCCGCUGCACCAUCCGGUGCCCCAGCACAUCAGCCAGGUCCCGAACCUUCGCAGUCCUCCGCCGCCGCAAGCGCAACAGCAAGCCCAGGCGAACUCAUAUGGAUACCCGCAACAACCCCAGCCCCAAGGCGCCCCGGGCUUCAUGCAUCCGGCAUUCGGGGGCAUCAUGAACGACUCGACCGCGCAGAUGGGCUUCCAGGUCGGCAAGAGCGCCGUCAUGGCCGGCCAUGAGUAUAUGGAGCAGAACUUUAACCGCUACGUCAACGUCAGCGCCCUGAAGCGCUACUUCAACGUCAGCAACUCUUAUGUCGUUAACAAGCUCUACAUCGUACUGUUUCCCUGGCGCCACCGGCCGUGGGUGCGUCAGAACCAGGAUGGCUUCUUCCUGCCACCGCGCGAAGAUAUCAAUAGCCCGGAUAUGUACAUUCCAGUCAUGGCCUUUGUGACUUAUAUCCUUCUCUCCACACUCCUUGCCGGUAUUCGCGGCGCUUUCCACCCAGAGCUGCUUGGACUGACAGCCACCACCGCCUUCGUUGUCGUCACAUUUGAGAUUUUGGGCCUGAAGCUUGGAUGCUACCUCCUCAGCAUUAGCAACGAAUCGCAGCUGCUCGACCUGGUAGCCUACUCCGGUUACAAGUUUGUUGGCGUCAUCGUCACUCUCGUCGUGGCCGAGAUCUUUAACAGAGGCGAGGGUACUGGCGGCAUGAUCGGCUGGACUAUUUUCCUCUACACCUUCUUUGCGAAUGCCUUCUUCUUGCUCCGCUCGCUGAAGUAUGUCCUUCUCCCGGAACAGUCCCCCAACACCAGCAGCGGGGCCAGCUACACAGUAGCAAGGGCACAGCGCAACCGCCGCACCCAGUUCCUCUUCAUCUACUCGUACAUUGUCCAGUUUGUCUUCAUGUGGAUCCUCAGCCGCCAAGAUUCCAGCAGUGUCAAGGCUGCCUAG